GUUAGCUCCAUUUUAAUGAAUAAUAUAGACGCAAUCCCGUGUUCAACCUUCUCAGUAAUAUCCAAUGCAUCGGCAAUCUAAUGUCGCCAGCAAUCAUGUGCACAUUUACAAGCAUUGUGGCAAUUAGCUUUCUAUCUCACGUUUAUGCUCAGAGAGCUUAUUACUGCACCACCCCAGACUUUUGUGAUGAUGGAAUUCAAGUCGAUCCGAGGAUAGAAACACCGACCAAGCCCCCAGCCAGUUGCCCGGCAGGCUACCUGAUCUGCUUGAAGCCGAAGUGCGGCGUAGCAGCCGGCAAUCUGCAGCCUGACGCCAAAGACGGCGAAGCCACAAAGGGAGCCUUUCCGUGGCACGCGUUCCUGCAAAACGACGCAGCCAAGGCCAAUACCGCGAACGGAUAUGCAGGAGGUGGAGUUCUGGUCGAUCAAGAAUUCGUGCUCACUGCCGCGCACAAGAUCACAAAUAUAACGGCUGUCAACGUUAUUUUAGGCGCACAUCAAACGACAAAAGCAGAACUGGACAAAUGUCAAAAGUUCAAGGUGACUUCGAUGUAUGUCCACAAAAACUACAACCAGUCAACGUUGAAGGAUGACAUCGCUUUGCUUAGAUUGGAAACGAACGUGAACAUGGGAGGAAAUAUAAAUUUGGUUUGUACCCCGCCAGCUGACAAGGAUUACCAAAAUACAAAGUAAAUUGUCUAUACCGCCCUACUUAGGACCGAAUGCUUGGUGACAGGUUACGGCCAGCAAGAGUUUACGGACUACAACGCACCAACGCCGUUCCUGAAGCAAGUUCAUCUACCUAUCGUUGACACGAAAAAGGAUUGCGAAGCGUCAUACGUAAAAAACUUGGGGCCGAAAGCCAGCGAUCUGUUAGAUCUUAAAUUUGAGUUGUGUGCUGGUGGUGGCGAUCAGCUGGACGCUUGCACGCAAGACGGAGGGUCCCCCUUAGUUUGCCCUGACGCAGCUACCAAAACGUUUUCUGUAGUCGGAUUGGUGCUAUGGGGUAAAAAAUGUGGUCAGCCAGGGUACUAUGGAGUAUACGCGAACGUUCCAGCCUACGUAAAAUGGAUCACCUGUACCAAAGAUUGUAUGCUAGGAAAGGGGGAUUGUUCGAAAUGCCCAGCUGUGCAACAUCCGCCGAAGUGAAAAUCAUCCAAAGGCAUUAAAAAGGAUAACAUCGUAUUCACCAUGUAGCUUUUUGUACUUUUUUAGAUGACCUAUUAAAUAAUGUUAUUAUGUUGUUAUAAAUGGUAUUUAUUAAGCAUUCAAGGUAAGAAAAAAAUAAUCAA